AAUUGUCGGCGCAGCUGGUAAUAGGAAGUAUUUUGGAAUUAAAGCGGGAAUUUAAAAAGAAGCGACUUAAUUACUUUGUUUGUUUUUAUAAAGAGAAGUAUAUUUCUAAAUAUUCUGCAACAUUUUACUGAUAUUCUCCGAAAUUAGCAUUGGCUUCAUCACAAGAGCAAGAUUUAAAUUAAAAUUACUGCUCAAAAAUGUCGAAUGAAAUAACGUGGGAGGUUUGUAAGGAGAACGUUCAACCUUUGCGACAUGGAAGAAAUGUAAGUUACCUCAACGCAAGUUUACAGACGUCGGAUGAGAUUUCCCAUAGCUUGAUGAAACAGAAAAAGAUGUUGGAAGAAGAAAUAUUAACAGAUGGCAACCUCCAUGAUCCUAUUGAUCCUUGGGAUAGAUAUUUCAAGUGGUCCCAGCAGCAUUUUCCAGAAGGAAAAGAAGAUUUAAAAAACUUUUUGCAGAAAUAUAUUGUUAAGUUUCAGAAUUCUGACAGAUACAGAAAUGACCCUCGGUAUGUAAACGCUUGGCUCACGAUGUCACAAAUCCACGACGACGCCCCCACCACAUUUGCAUACAUGAAGAGCAAGUCAAUUGGAAUAAAUUGCGCAUCUUUUUACAUUAUGUGGGCUGAGGAACUUGAGAAGUCAGGGAACAUAAAGAAAGCUCAUUCCAUUUAUGAGCUGGGUGAAGAAAAUGAUGCAGAACCAACAGAACUUCUCAGCAAAAUGAGAAAUGCCUUCCAGUUGCGUGCAGCUCGGUCAAUCUCAACAAAGUUAAACGAAAAUGAGGAUGAUAAAAAUAAGAGUGAACUUGAUAGUAGAAGGCAACGACAGGCACUUGGUAGUUUAGAUGGGAGGGGUAAACAUAAAGUACUUGGAACUACAAGGAUUGGGAACACUACUGCAGGAGUUGUUCGAUCACAACCGCGGACCUCAUUCAAAGAAAACAGGAGUUCCACCAAAUUCAAAAUAUUUUCUGAAGAUGAAAAUAACGAACAACAUUGUGUUGGGAAUUUUGCUUCGAUGCCAAAUAAUCAAAUCAACUCAAAGGAAAAUACCACAGCACCAUCUGUAUGGAAAGGUGCAGAGGUACAACUAAACAGAAAUAAAACAACAACAGCAAUAAGCAGCAGCAACAAGCCAUUCACAAUAUGCCAAGAUGUUGAUGUUCCAUCUCAAGAACAAGCUACUCCGCUUGCUAGUCGUAAGUUGUCAAAGUCGGUUGAAGUUAUUUUGACGGAACGAAAAUGGAAGAAACAUGAAGAAUCGGAUUUCCAUCGAGCGAUCCGGGAACAACAUGGAGAUGCUGAUCAUAAUGUGGUUCGAAUGUAUCCGGUUGAAAAAGUUUAUUCGGCUGUUGGUGAGUUUCAACCAGAGGAAAUCCUCGCUGCGUGUUGGUUAAAGAAACAAAGGGAGGAAGAGGAGCAAAAGAGAUUACAAAGGCAGUUAGAAGAACAGAGGAAACAAAUUGUUGAAAGUGAACGUCGAGAAAUAGAAGCACAACGAGCUUAUGACGAUAAAGUGAAUCAACUAAAACACAGGGAACAACAACUAAGAAAUCUCCUGCAGUUGUUCAAAGAUAAAGAGAUGCAAAUUGAGGAUAAAGUAGAAAUGGUGAAAGAAGAACAAGAAAUGACGAUUGCGUUGCAUAAAGUUUGUUCCCAGCUUCAACACAUGCAACAGAAAAACAACAUUGUUGAAGUGGCUACAUCUAGUCAAGCAAUUCAAGGUGGAAAGUCAUUGCUUGAAGAUGAGGUUAUGGAAUGUAAGCCUUCGUCUCCUACUGUGUGUACUAAGGAGGCAAUGGGUGAAAUUUUUGGAAUGUUCCAAAAGCCUCUGAACACAGAUGUCAAUGUUACGAAGCAUGAACCAAGUAUGAUGCAACAAUCACAAUUCUCAAUAUAUUGUGACGCAGAAAUGAAAGACAAAACUCCUGUUAAGUUUGAUAUUUACGAAGAUGCAUCGGAUAACUCUGAAAAUAUCCCCACCCCCGAAUACAAGCAAGCACCAAAGCGAGAAGGAUUGUCAGGAAUUCUUCAACCAGCUGUUGGAUUUAAACUUGAAGAAGAUGAUUUUGAUGACGAUGGAAAAGAUGAGGAUGAGCGAUUGUUUGACGAUGUAUACCCAUUAUGUGAUGACAAUCAAUCUUUAUAUUUGGAUGAUCGGACAGUAGCAAGAGCACCAAUGGAAAAAACAACUAAAAACACUGAAUUCCCCGAGUCAUCUUUCUUAAACACGCUGAGUCACAACCCACCAAGCUUACAAUCGACGAUGCACGUCACGAACGAGAUUGGCGACGAUUUCAACAAUCCUCAUUUCUCUGCUGAGAGCACCACACGAUGGGGUGGUGGAGCAACAACAGCGACGACCACAGAGGAAGGUGUCGUAAAACUCAGUCCAAUACUUGAAGCUACGAACGAAUACGAGAAAUCGAUGUCCACCAAAUAUCAAUCAGGUCUCGUAUCGUUGAUACCUUCCAUGCAUCGUACAAAUGUUUCAACAGCUGCAACUGAAAAGUUUAAAUUUGGCGCCAUUGGGCUUGAAGAUGACAUCACAAUACCUGAACAAUCGCGACUGGUUGAUAGUGAUGUCAUAGAUGAAUCACAAGCGAUUGAUUACGACUUCAAAGAUUUGUGCGAUGAGUUAAUGUCAACUUCCUUGUGUAAAACAACCAUAGACCUUAUGCCAGAUGGGAUCGGAGAUUUAUCGAAGCCCUCCCUUGGCCUCAACAUCAUCCCUGAUCCUUGGAACGAUCAACUUCUUCAAGGACUCAUCCCUUCAACACUUGAGGGCGUUAUCGUUGCAUCGGAAUCGAAAGUUUUCAGGAAAGGUUCUGACGUUCGAAUUGGUAACGAGACGUACCAUCUCGUGAAGGAAAUUGGGAAAGGAGCUUUCGCGAAGGCUUACAAAGCAACUAUGGUGUCUGGAGAUGAAGUUGCAGUUAAAGUUCAAUCUCCUGCUUACAAAUGGGAGAUACACAUGUUGCAGGAAGUUAGGAGAAGAUUGGAAGCCAAGGGCCAUGAUGUUUGUAAGGAUUAUAUGACGAUUAUGACGGCGGCCGUUUUCCAAAAUUCCUCGUGUGUUGUGACGCAAUAUUUACCAUCUGGUACUUUACUGGACUUCUUGAACACCAACAAGAAUAACACAGUUGAUCGAGAAAACAUUGCUCUUCAAAUCUUCCAUCUGGUUCAUUCCUUGCAUGCGAUUGGUGUCAUACAUGGAGACGUAAAACCGGAUAAUAUUCUUAUUGCUAAUGUUUCAAAUCGAGGUCCUGCUCCAACUUUACGUUUAAUUGACUUUGGACGAGCGAUAGAUCUUUCUUCCCUCCCCCCUAACACAGCGUUUACCGAUAAUUGUGGGACAAGUGGUUUUGUUUGCUCGCAAAUGAAAACCAACCAACCAUGGAAUUAUCACAUUGAUUUUAAUGGAGUUGCUGGUACCUUGCAUGUCCUGCUACACUCAGCUUAUAUGAAGACAAUGCUUAACAAUAAACAGGAAUGGGUUACUACAAAGAAACUGCCAAGGUGGUGUGAUGAAAAAUGGAGCUCAGCUUUCCACGAUCUUUUAAAUUUUCCUACUCCAACUAACGACUGGUGUCCUUCGUUGCAAGAUUCCCCCCUACCCCACCUCAUACAGUUAUUCGAUGCUUGAAAAAUUUUAGGUUUUAUUUGUAAAUACUUUUAUUGUAAGCAUUUUUCUCCUUGUGCGAUUUUUGCAAUAACACAAAUAUCUGUGCUGCAAAGCUCCGGUUUUUAAGGGGAGUAUUUUUUCGCUUUAAUUCAUUUCGUUGGUGUAAAAUUAAGACUGAAUUUUAUCCAGAAUUGUUGAACUUCAUAAAUAUUUUAACUUAAGUUGUAACGUCGUUUCGGUAUCUGCAAGACAUUUUAGGCUCGGAAUUCAAUUGCUUUGUUUUCUAAAUAAACUCUGGUCUGGUCUUUAAGCCAUGUAAACAAACAAAUUAGACAACUUUAGGUAGCAAAUCAUAACAACGGUUUUCAAAUUAAAAAAAAUGCAAUUCUAAAAUACGGUCCACGCCAUUUGUGACGUCAUAAUAUCGGAUAUUGUUCGCUCAAGUAUCGCGCGCGAUCUUUUUUCGUCGCUUUUAUUGUUUCGCGAAUAAAAUAUGUACACAACGCA